AUGGCGGGGAGUACGAAAAAACAGAAAGGAAAUCUUCGUAACCGCAAGAGAAACGAAAAGGAGAGUAAAACCAAAGAUGCCGGUCCUCCUGAGGAGAACAACAACAAGACAGUAGAGGAGGAUGAUCAGUCGCUAGAGAGCAACCAAACCAUUUGGGAAACCAUUCGUCGCCAUCCCCUCUUUUGGGGAUUUGUUUUACUUGGUAUCCCAUAUGGUUCAUACCUAAUUUUCAGAUGGGUUGUCUUGCAGCACCCUUUUUUGUCUAGCAUGAGGCCUCCCGUCGCGCUAUCGGAUGAACGACAAGUAUUGAUUCUUGGAAGCAUGUCGUCUGGAACAUCAAGCAUUGCAGCUGAUUUGAGAGGCCAUCAGAUUCUGGAAGUGGGUCAUGAAGACACAGACGCCACGUGGAAGUUUGUCCGUGACGGAACGGUCAGUUGGUUUCAUGGCAUUCGAUUCAUAUCCACAACGGAUGACGCCGACAAGGUUAUCAGGAUUGCAAAAACUUGCGCGGUAUCAUGGCUAAUUACAUCCAAGUCAAUAUCUGGUAACCAUGGUUUUGGUCCAACUCUAUUUGGAAACCCGGAAUACGAGUGCUCCUUUUGGAAUCCAUAUUUCAGAAAGUGCUACCUGUCAUCAUGUCACAAGGCAUUGCUUCGUGAAUUUGGAUGCGCUCUCGAGCCAGAGGGUUGCCAGACUCCCUAUAAAAAAACCUUGCUGCAAACCAGAGAACCCUGGAAAAUUAUCACUUCGCUUUCGGCAAAGUACUGUUACAAGAAUGGAAAGAUUGAUGACUCGGCCUAUCCCGAAACGCUUCAGCGCCUUCUGUCAUCAGUGGGCUGGGUGAGUGCCAAUGAUCCGCCUCUUUCAUGUCCUACUCAAAUGAUGGAGUACGUUGUGAGCUACUACAGCACUAUCUUAGAGGCUAGUAAGUCCAUAGAUAUCACAGUGUAUCCGAUUGAAAAUGCUAGCCUUUGCGAUGUCGCAAGGAUGGCAGGGUUAGAUUCACCGGAAACUACGAUUUGGCAAGACAAUCACCACAAGUACCAGUCUAUGUGUAAUGGAGAGGAUAUUGAAGGGACGGAGACUACUCCGCGAGCCAAGUCAAAUGAGAUUAACAAAGGACGAGUCUCAAAAGAAGACCUACAACCGUACGCAACACCUGCUCUGUUGAAGCAGAUUGACAAACUGCACUCGAAACUUGGAUACGCGAGUUGA